GAGGAAGGUACUACGGAAUUCACCAUAGAUUAGGUUUGGGAAUGAGUUCGUGUUUUGGUUUUCAAGGUCGAGAAUCGUCGUAGCUACUGGAAUCGGCAUUCUCAUUUGCUCUUGUUCGCCUUCCUUUAGCACCGUUGCUUCUUCCGUCGCCCCCCUACAUGAUGAAGGGCACCUUGCAACGUUGAGGACAUAGCAGCAUUUUCCGGUUGGCAGUGGGUCAUCGUCAUUCUCCUUUUUCGUUGUCUUCUACAUUUUCUAGCUCCGCAAGUCACCUGGAUGGCAGCGCAGGCUCUCCACCGCUCCUUGUUCUCCUUCAGUACUACUCGACACUACCUCUCUCCAUUUUCAUACCCUCCUUGUCGUUCAAGUUUCGUCGCCAUGUUCGCUUCCACAUCUGUUCCACCUCCCGAUGUUGCUAAAUUAGCAGAAAGUGCCCGAAUUGUGCUCACUUCAGAAGAGGUUGAGCAAUUCACACCCAAAAUUAGGCAAGUCGUAGACUGGUUUGGGCAGCUUCAAGCUGUUGACCUUGAAAGUGUUGAACCUGCACUUAGAGCUGAUAUGGAUGUCUAUGACAAUUUGCGACCAGAUGCGCCUGAAAUUUUCAAGAACAGAGAAUCAAUGUUAUCAUCUGUUCCUAGCUAUGAUGAGCCAUAUAUUAAAGUUCCAAAAGUAUUGAACAAGGAGUGAUCGUGAUUAAGGUAAUUCUUUGUCAUUUUGUCCACAUAUUUUCAUGCUUUUGUGUUUAAAAGACAUGAUGUAAUUUUUUCCCAUGAAGAAGAUGCUUUCGGUUCUGCACAUGGAGAUGCUUACUCCUUAGAGAGAACAGGGUAGACCUGUUGGCUAAUUGAUUUCUGAACUGGUGUUACACCGUAUCUGAUUCAUUUUGGUCAAAAGAAAAAAUGCAUCCUAGAUAUUGAACAUUAUGCCGUGAUUGUUAUAUUCCUCUUGCUGCCCCUUAUGUCAUCUGAACAUAAAUUAGCAGGCAGUAGUCACAUGAUUUUCUUAGGAUGUCAGAAACACGACUUCUAGACACUUGAUUCAGAUGCAGGACUGAUUUUUCAUUGGAAAAGGCCGUUCUCUAGUUGAGCAAAGAUUAUGAUGCUCAACAGUGGUAGCUGGCGCAACUAAGAAAAAAAUCGAAGGCCGUCUUGCUGCCUGCUCCAAAUUCUGGUUUUCAAAGCAUGGCCCUUGGUGAAGGAAUGUAUUACCAUGUUACCUGUGGAAGUUUGCCUUCACUUCCUUCUAUUUUUCCCUUUCCCUCUUUUCUCUAUAGCCUCUUUGUUCUACAGACAAGUUGUUUGACAAAGAAGCUACAUAUUGAUAAGUAGAACUUCCAUCAAGUACUGUCUCACAUGGAACAAUAGUUCUAGUUCUACAUCUCUAUAGCCUCUUUGUCCUACACUUUACUUGCAUGGAUGUUGCUCCUUGCAAAGCCAAAACAAUAAAUGUAGAAGAUGGGGAUACUCACAUAGA